CCCAAAAUGAAGGCUUUCCUUGUCCUCCUGCUGGGAGCAGUCCUGUGCUUGGACUCAGGUUCGUCACUGAAAUGCUACAGCUGCAAGUCACAGCUCAGCAACUCCAACUGUAAGGUGGAAAAGGAAUGCAAGAACAAUGAAAUGUGCAAGACAGAUGUGAUCAGGAUCAUAGGGCUCUUCAAUGUCAUCAGCAAGGACUGUGAUGCAUCAUGUGCAGCAGACUAUCAGGACUUCAGCGUGGGCAACAGGAAUGUCUCCUGCUGCAGCAGCAAUCUCUGCAACGUCAAUGCAGCAGGCAAUGUCAGGUCCAGCUAUGGGCUGGCAGCAGGUCUAGCAGGCAGUGUGCUCUGGACCUUCCUGAACAGCAGACUGUGAGGAGAAAAGAGGACU